CAAACCCAUUAACCCAAAUCUCUCUCUCUCUCUCUCUCUCUCUCUCUCGUCAACGAGUUCUGCUGUUUUCACUUCAAGUCCUUUAAUUCAGCCCAAAACCAAUCUCCCAAACUCCACUGUCGAUUCCAUUACUCGAUUCAACUCUUCCUUCUCUCGAUUUUUCUUUCCCCAUUCCAUUUUGUUGUUUCUAUUGCUUUCCGUUUUCCUUAGGGUUUUAAUGAGUAAUUAGUGUAAUUUAUUUGGGGAAAAAGUGAUUUUACCUUGCGUUAAUGGAGGUGCCGCCCCUCGCUCCGACUGCCGCGCGAAAUGGCGGAUUUGCGAUGCCGUCGUCUUCGUCCCAACCUUCUCGCAAGGAGUGGGCCGCUGUGUCCGAGCAAUCGGUUCGAAACUCCGCUAACGAGGAGUUGGGGCGUUCAAAACAAGUUCAUUCUGACGAGAGAUUGACAUACGAGUUACAGCAUGGGAGGGAGCCAGUGGAUGUGGAUUUUUGCUCGAUAACUAUUGAUGGGAAUUUGAACAACAAUAUUUUGCAGCAGAGACUUCAUGAACUGGCAAAACAAAGGGAGGAAUUGCAGCUUAUGGAGAUUGAGCUUCGUGCACAGAACAUUGCGAGAUCCGAGAUUGCCAGAAUUCACAGUAACUUUGAUGCUCAAAUCACAGAGCAUGGAAAUGCUAAUGUUAAACUGCAGGAGCAAUUGCAUGAAAAGGAAGAGAACAUACGCGAGCUGGAGAGAAAGAUUGAAGAGAAGGAUAGAGAGUUGCAUGCUAUUAGAUUGGACAAUGAAGCGGCUUGGGCUAAACAGGAUCUUUUGAGGGAACAAAACAAAGAGCUUCAGAGCUACAGGAGGGAAAGGGACAGCUCCGAAGCUGAAAGGGUGCAGCAUAUUAGUCAAAUCCAUGAACUUCAGGAACAUAUUCAAGAGAAAGAUCGCCAGUUCAUGGAGUUGCAGGAACAGCAUAGAAUUGCUCAAGAAACCCUUAAUUUUAAAGAGGAGCAGUUACGAGAUGCUCAAGCCUGGAUGACUCGUGCACAUGAAUUGGAUGCUUUGAAUUCAAGUACUAACCACAAUUUACAAGCUGAGCUGCGAGAUCGUACAGAUCAUUAUAAUCAACUCUGGCUUGCUUGUCAAAGACAGUGUGGUGAGAUGGAAAGGCUUCAUUUGCACAUACAACAGCUCCAGCUUGAGUUGGUCGACGCUAGAGAGAAGACUGGAAGUAACAUGGAUGGUUCAAAUAUCUCCCAGAUUGAUGCUUCUAAACUAGAACAGAGCAAUGACGGCCAGCAGGAUGUGAAUAUUAGAGGUUCACAGGGUACAAACAUUGGCAGCAUACAAAAUGGAAAUAUUGUAUGUGUUUCUGAUGGAAACACAUCAACACAGGCUGACAAUGUUAAAGUUGUUGCGUUUGCUCCUUCAUCCCUUCUUGGCAUGCCACCCUAUGCUCAACCAGGACAGGUGACUGCUUUGCAUCCAUUUGUAAUGCAUCAACAAGGUGUUCCUCACCCAUCACAUGUUAUGCAAUCUCAUUUUCACUCGGUAUCCACAAUGCCCUCCGAUCAAAAUUCGCAGCAGGGUCAACCAGAAGGCCAACAUGUUCCUAUCCCUAAUCAAUAUGAUCAGGAAACCGAACAAAAUUUGGUGAAAACUCACUCUAAUAUUGGCUACAAAGCUUCUGGGAAUGGUCAAAUUUUUCAUGUGACUAAUUUGGAAACAAAUAUCAGCCAAGGAUUAGAUGCUGAUUCAAUCCCAUCAGCAAAUGAAGAUAGCAAGGUUCUUGACUCCACUGGAAAGAGUUAUGACAAGACACAAUCUCCAGAGAGCUUGCAGAAAGUUUCUUCGCAUUUUCGAAACGCACUUAGUUUGGAUCAUCUAGAAAAUGAAAAUGACACUAAGCCACAGGAGAAACAAGUCAACCCUGUCCAUGAUCACGGAACGGAAAACAAGAGUACAAUGGAAAAUCUCAAUCUUGCUGGCCUGGUGUUGUCCGAAAGAGAUGCUAGUGUUAAGAAUUUCAGUGAGAAGAUCACAAAUAACGGCUCGAGUACUGAUAAGGCUGGUGCAUCUGUAUCUGCGGGGCAGAAAAGUAUCACAGGAAACACUGCAGAAAGUUUUCUACUAGAUGAAAGAGUAUUAUUGGCUUCUAUAGUUCGCACAAUAGGCUCUGGUGGCAGAAUUAGGAUUAGUUCAACGCUUCCAAAUAGACUUGGGAAAAUGCUUGCCCCACUUCACUGGUAUGACUACAAAAGGAAGUAUGGAAAGCUUGAUGAUUUUAUAGCUGGUCAUCCAGAACUAUUUCUGAUUGAGGGCGACUACAUUCAGCUUCGUGAAGGCGCACAGGAAACCAUAGCAGCCUCAGCAGCUGUUGCCAGAGUUGCUGCGGCAGCCGCUGCAGCUCCAUUGUCAAACUCGUCAUUGUUGCCCUCUGUAGCAGUAACUCCCAUGGCUCAGUCCCACCGACUAAAGAAGGCCUCACCUCAUGACUCAUCGUAUGUAAAUGUUAAUAAGAGCAGCUUUAAUGAGCUUGGUGCUCCUAGACCCUUGAAUGCGAAUGAGCAUCCUUCUCAGUUCUCAGCUGCGCAGAGUCGCAACAUAAAUGGUGGUUCACUUCGUGUUCCUGGAGGAUCUCAUGGGAGGCCUGGAAUGAGUUCAGCUGGGAAACAACAAAGGGCAGUUGGGGCUGUGCCAAAUGUGAGAAGAUAGGUAUGCUAUGAGUCUCUUUUGCAGGCAAUGGCAGUAUUGCUAGAUUGUUGGCAUCAAGUGCUGAGAAAAGAAAUGGAAUGGACUGACUGGCAAAAGGCUUUAAUCUGUCAAGUUAAACUGUCCAACUAUCUUUUUAUCCUGUUCAAAUCGGUUCAGGAUACUUGUUAUUUAAAAUAUCUAUACACUUAUAUUUGGAGAGCUCAAAUUUUUUGUUUCUUCUUGUGUUGAGAGUGCAUUGAUGAAGAUGCAGCCUUCCAGCAUUUUGAUUUUAGGUUAAUGAAAAGCAGUGCCAUGUUUUUUGAAUUUAUUAAAGAAGAGAUGUUUGAUCAA